AUGGAGAACAAAGUCGACAUAAGUGCUGAUGAACAGCUAUCUGAGAACAGUGAAGACUUAAAAAAAUAUAUUUGGUGUGUUUCUGGACUUGUUCUUAAAAUAACUAACUCCAUUAGUGCAAUAUACAGAGGUGGAGAGUUAGAGACUGUUACCAAGAAUCCUUUCCCUUUUCUUGUCUACCCUGUUGGCAUGCUAGGAAUUGUUGUUAAUGAUGCUAUUGGAGCAGGUGCAGUUAUUUUGUUUCUUGUGGCACACAAUCUAUGGUCAAAGGAACUUUCGGGGUUUGAUAGAGAUAAUGAUGUGGCUGAAACUAGUUCAAAAUCUAUUUCACAUUAUUUGUUGGAGGACAAUGAUGUUUUGAGGCCUAAUUUUGAAAUCGGCAACACGGACGCGACGUGGGAUAACCACAACAAACCUCUUCGCUGGAGGGUGUAA